GGAUGAAGAAGCUUCCUUGGCAGAGCUUGUCAGUUCUUCCGCAGGCAGAAGCUUUUCCACGGCAUAAUAACGUGUGUAUAUUGCUCUGUGGUCCGUUCACCAGGAGAAAUGUUCUGCCACCAAUGGAACCACCACGGGGCCAAGUCCCACAUGGCCCGAUUGGAGGAAACCGUACUGUCAUCGAAACGCCGGGUGUCUUGCAGGAUCGAAAUAACAGCUGCAGAGGGUUGGAAGUGGCACCGCGUAUCCACUGAAUAGGAGGCUUCGUGGUAUAUAAGAUGUGAGCAUGGACCUGUCUAGGAUCCGUUGGUAAGAGCGCCAACUCCCACAAAAACAUCUCUCACUCAUUUCAUUUCAUUUUCCUUCCAUUUCAUACCGUAACUCUUGCCGGCCAAGAUGUUCAAGCUCCUCGGUUCGCUCACCUUCGUUACCCUCGCUACGGGCGUCGCUGCUUCGCCGGCCCAGCCGCUCAUUACUGCGUCGCCGACUGUCAACACCGUCAACAAGCGCGCAGACAGCUGCACCUUCUCCGGUAGCAACGGUGCCGCCUCUGCGAGCAAGUCCCAGGCUUCGUGUGCGACCAUCGUUCUCUCUGACGUUGCCGUUCCCUCUGGGACCACCCUCGACCUGAGUGACCUCGAGGAUGACACCACUGUCAUUUUCGAAGGCACCACAACCUGGGGCUACAAAGAAUGGUCCGGCCCGCUCCUCCAAAUCAAAGGCAACGGCAUCACCAUCAAAGGCGCCUCCGGCGCAAAACUUAACCCGGACGGUGCGCGCUGGUGGGAUUCCGAGGGGAGCAACGGCGGGAAAACGAAACCCAAGUUCUUCUACGCGCACGACCUGACCGACUCGUCGAUUACGGAUCUGUACAUUGAGAACACGCCCGUGCAGGCUGUUAGCAUCAACGGAUGCGAUGGGCUGACCAUCACCGAUAUGACGAUUGAUAACUCCGCCGGUGAUGACGAAGGCGGGCAUAAUACAGAUGGGUUUGAUAUUGGGGAGAGCAAUAAUGUUGUUAUUACCGGGGCGAAAGUUUAUAAUCAGGAUGAUUGUGUCGCUGUUAACUCGGGGACGGAGAUUACGUUCAGUGGUGGUACCUGCUCUGGUGGGCAUGGAUUGUCCAUUGGGAGUGUUGGUGGGCGUGAUGACAAUACUGUGGACACCGUCACUUUCAAGGACUCGGAGGUUACCAACUCGGACAACGGCAUCCGCAUCAAGGCCAAGUCCGGCGAAACCGGCGAAAUCAAGGGCGUGACCUACUCCGGCAUCACCCUCAGCUCCAUCAACAAGUACGGCAUCCUCAUCGAACAAAACUACGACGGCGGCGACCUCCACGGCGACCCAACCUCGGGCAUCCCCAUCACCGACCUGACCAUCGAGAACAUCACCGGUUCCGGCGCCGUCUCCUCGGACGGCACCAAUAUUGCCAUCGUCUGCGGUAGCUCCGGCUGCUCGGACUGGACCUGGGAUAAUGUUGAUGUCACCGGAGGAGAGGAUUAUGAUAGCUGUGAGAAUGUUCCUAGUGCUGCGACUUGCUCUACUUAGAGCGGGUACUGGGUAUAGGAAACAGAUGGAGCAUCGCGGUCCGUGGUAUUAUCCAGCUUAGACGUUAGUAUACGGUUCGGCGGCAAGGGGAUUUUUGACGGCUAGGUCCGUCACCUUUUACAAUGUACUUUAGUUUAUUUCUUAGGGCUUCUGGU